UUCCAAAUGACAGCUCUCCUACAGUUAGCAUUCCUGCUGGAGCCUCGCACUAUCAGAGCCAAGGACGAUAUUGAUUUUAAUAGAAAUCUGACAUAAUUCUGGUGUCACUAUAUUUUUAUUUAAAACUGUGAGCCGUCAACAUGUCUGCACCCAAGAAAGGAGACCUGUCUUCAAGCGAAAAGGAGUUGUUUGAGGUCAUUACAGCAGGAAAUGUUCCCGAGGCCUCCAGGCUGCUGGGCUGUAAAGAUGUUCGAGUUAACUGUCUGGAUGAGUAUGGGAUGACUCCUCUCAUGCACGCUGCCUACAAAGGGAAAGCAGACAUGUGCAAGCUGCUGCUGCAACACGGAGCCGAUGUAAACUGCAACCAGCACGAGCACGGAUACACGGCGCUCAUGUUUGCUGGCCUGUCAGGAAAGACCGACAUUACGUGGAUGAUGCUGGACGCCGGGGCCGAAACAGACGUGACCAACUCUGUCGGACGGACCGCUGCGCAGAUGGCAGCUUUUGUUGGGCAACACGACUGUGUCACAGUGAUCAACAACUACUUUUCCCGUGCCAGACUGGAUUACUACACUAAGCCCCAAGGUUUGGAGAAGGAACCAAAGCUGCCACCCAAACUGGCUGGACCCCUUCACAAGAUCAUCAUGAGCACCAACUUGAAUCCUGUUAAGUUAGUGAUGCUGGUGAAAGAAAACCCGCUGCUGGCAGAGGUGGGGGCUCUGGACAAAUGUGGGCGGGUGAUGGAGCUCAUCUGUGAGAAGUGCAUCAAGCAGCAGGACAUGAACGAGGUUUUGGCCAUGAAGAUGCACUACAUCAGCUGCGUGCUGGGGAAGUGUUCGUCCUUCCUCAAAGAGCGCGAGGACAAGCUGGACGGCCUCAUGAAGAGUUUGCUGAAAGGUCGGGACAGCGAUGGCUUUCCCGUGUUUCAGGAGAAGUUUAUCCGAGAGUGCGUCCGCAAGUUCCCGUACUGCGAGGCCACGCUGCUGCAGCAGCUCGUGCGCAGCAUCGCCCCUGUGGACAUCGGUAACGACCCCACAGCUCUGUCGGUGCUGACCCAGGCCAUCACGGGUCAGGUCGGCUUCAUGGACGUAGAGUUCUGCACGACGUGCGGGGCCAAAGGAGCCGAGAAAAGAUGCUCCAUCUGUAAAAUGGUUCUGUACUGUGGCCACACGUGUCAAAAGAUGCACUGGUUUACUCACAAGAAAGUUUGUAAGAAGCUCCAGGAGCAGCGAGAAGCUCAAGAAGCAGAAACGGCGCAGCAGAGCCCAGAGAGUGAGGCGGAGCAGGAGGCCACCGACUCCAUGCAGGAGCUGUCAGUGGAAACCAGCAGCAGAACCUCCUCCUCAGACUCCGCUGCAGAAACAUCCACCUCCACCUGCACAGCUGCUGAAAACUGAGGAGCAUCCACCUUUUUCUGGCUUCAGACGGAGGAAACUGACACGAAGACUGAAGCCCAGACUGGUCCAACAAAGAGACAAAAGUUAUUUCUGACCUGCCUGAAACAUCUGGAGGUGGCUCUGUGACGCCUCCAUCGUCCUGCUGUCUCUUCUGAAGGUGGGUACCACACAGGCUCAGGUGUUGGUUCAGAUGAACGUGGGACAAACAACGAGCUAAAAGUUCACAGCGUUGUUAAAACUGCCUUAAGAAACUGUAGCAAACCACGAGACACAAGGAGUGAGUGUCAGGGUGACGUGCACGCACCGUGCGCUGCACUGUGAUGCUGCUGACUGUGGCCGGCCAGCGAGGAGCAGGAAGAACCACGGGAGUUUUUAAUAU